AUGCGCCGCAUAAUCUCACGGGCGUAUUCAGGCGUGCGUGUCGCCCGCUUUGCAUGUGCGGAGCGGGGUGAAGUCUGCUGGGGCGUGUUGCCUGAGGGCGCGAAUGCUGCGGAGAUGGGAAUGAGCCUCCAGGUUGCAGCGCCCGAGGCGGUGGCGCACGGCCGGCUGGAGCCUGCUGGUACGCGGACAGUGCAGAAGACCUUGGUGCCUCUGCCGCAGCAGGUCCCGCCCGCUGUCGUUGCGGUCGGCCUCAACUACCGCGCCCACGCGGCGGAGGUGGGCAAGGAGGCCCCAAGAUUCCCUAUCAUUCUGCACGUGAAUCCUGCGAGUGUCUGCGGUGGCGGUCCUGCUCACCCCAUCGUGUGCCCGCCCAUCGUGAGCCGCGAUCCUCCGGAGCUGGACUAUGAGGCGGAGCCUCCACCUUGCACGGACGUCGCGCCCGCCGAGGCGCUUUCUUUUCUGUGCGGGCUGACUGUGAGUAACGACGUCUCUGCGCGCCGUUGGCAAGGCAGAAAGGGUGGGGGGCAGUGGAGCCGCGCGAAGAGCUUUGACAGCUUUAAGCCAGUCGGGCCGGCGCUACUGCUGGCGGCCGAGGGCGGCGCGGCAAAACGCUCGUUUUCAAUCAGCUCGCGCGUGAACGGAGUGACCAUGCAGGACUCGUCGACCUCAGACCUCAUCUUUGGCGCCGCCGAGUUGAUCUCGUUUUGCUCACAGGGGACGACCCUCCUCCCGGGCACAAUCAUCCUAACGGGGACGCCAGCCGGGGUCGGAUACUCACGCUCGCCGCCCGUGUGGCUCAAGCAUGGCGACGAGGUGGAGUGCACGGUGGAGGGGAUCGGCACGCUGCGCAAUUCGCGUUUUGGUUUUGACCCAAAUCGGCCGAACUUUUAG